GGACAAAUAAGACAUUUUUAAUUUAUGAAGAGAGAAAGAGGCUUGAAGAAAAUCCAGGACGAAGCUGACAUGAAGAAAAGGUGACUGAGGGGAAGUCCUGAGAUCUCAUUCACCGUGUUAUUCUUCUCAUUCUUCAUUAGUUAAAUGGAUAGAGAGGUGAAGGUGAAACAAAGCAGAAAUUAAAGUAAAAAGCAAGUUCACAUCUGUUACUUCUUUCAAAAGUGAUAACUCAAUUCAACAGUCAAUACAAUGCUGCCUUUACAGAAGAGUUAAUGCUCGAGAGAAGGAAACGUGCCAUGGCGACGUUUCAGAGCGAUUGACUAACAUUUGGGGUGUAUAUAUAAAAAGACAAACCGCGAGCAGACAUGACGGACAACGGGAGCUCUCGGAUCGACACCCCGACCAACAUCUCUCUGAGUCCGAGCGACGCCGUCUCCGAAUCGUUGGAGUACCAGGCGGUGUCGGUGUUCCUGGUCCUGCUGGUGUGCGCCGCGGGCAUCGUCGGGAACAUCAUGGUGGUCCUCGUGGUCCUCACCGCCCGUCACAUGCGAACGCCCACCAACUGCUAUCUGGUCAGCCUGGCCGUCGCCGACCUGACGGUGCUGGUGGCGGCGGGGCUGCCCAACGUGUCGGACGGUCUGACGGGCACGUGGGUGUUCGGCCAUGCCGGCUGUCUGGGCAUCACCUACCUUCAGUACCUGGGCAUCAACGUGUCCUCCUGCUCCAUCACCGCCUUCACCGUGGAGAGGUACAUAGCUAUCUGCCAUCCAAUGAAGGCCCAGACGGUGUGCACGGUGUCCCGGGCCAAGCGGAUCAUUGCCGUGGUUUGGAUCUUCACCUGUGUCUACUGCAUGCUGUGGUUUUUCCUGGUGGACAUUCAGGUCAGCCAGGACGGACACGUGCAGUGCGGCUACAAAGUGAAACGGGAGCUCUACCUGCCUAUCUACCUCAUCGACUUUGCCAUUUUCUAUGUCAUACCGCUGCUUCUCGCCAUCGUGCUGUAUGGCUUGAUCGCGCGGGUUCUCUACCUCAGCCCUCUGCCCAACCGCUGUGACACCAGCACCACCACACUGCGCCGGAGCUGCAGGGAAGCCUCGGAGGCGGGGAAGGGAGGUCGCCGGGCCCGGCCAAACAGCGCACUCUCCUCCAGGAAACAGGUGACAAAGAUGCUGGCAGUCGUGGUGAUCCUAUUCGCUCUACUGUGGAUGCCCUACCGGACUCUAGUUCUGAUCAACUCUUUUGUGUCCACGCCCUAUCUGGAUGCCUGGUUCCUCCUGUUCUGUCGGACGUGCAUCUACGCCAACAGCGCUAUAAACCCUGUGAUAUACAACGCCAUGUCUCAGAAGUUUCGCUCUGCUUUUCACGGGCUUUACCACUGCCAACGGCCAGAGGGAAAUCAGAGAACGCUGUCGAUGGCUCAGACGGGCUUCGGCAGCAUCCGAGACCCCCGAGCCUCCAAUAGCAAUGGAACCAAUGAAAAUGUAAGGAGAGACCUUUUGAAUACUGCCACGGAUAUGACGACAAAGCAGAAUGGGAGUGGUCAUCAGGAGACCGAAGCAGCCAAUGGCAAGAAAGCAGACCAUCCCACCGACAUCGACCCAGCGACGAGCUUCGGUUUGGGUCCAGCUGAGACGACGCCAUCUAGUGACGAGGAGGUGGUUCUGACUUCAUUAAAAGAUACGACGGUUCAUUCUGCAGACAGACUUACGACAGUUGGGGAGCAUGUAAACUUAUGAAUUGCUACAUUGUAGGAUAUAUUUGUCAGCACCACUUAAAAAAAACUAUUAUAUUGAUCGGUUUCCAUCCAGUAAAUUGCUCAUGGGCAAAAUCCAUUUUCGGUCAUUACAAAUAUAUACAUGUAUAUAUAUACAUAAAUAUAUAUACAUAUAUAUAUAAUGUAGACAUUGCGUCACCAAAAGCUUUUACAUUUUUGUCGUAUUUUAUGACCCUUAAAAACUGGGAAUGGAUUUUUAAUGAUUUUGACGAAAUGAUUGUGGUAUUGUAAUUAUAAAUACAUGUACAAUACAGGUGUGUCCAGGGGGAGCCAACAGUUUUCAGACUGAAAAUCUUUUAUUUGACUAAACGCAACAAAUAUAGAUUAGAAUAUUUCGUGAUAUAUAAAAUCCUCAACAUAUAUCAUCAAUAUAUCAAUAAUACUCCAAAACUGAAGGAAUUUAGAAUCAUCAUUUAGUUAUCAUCAUGAUACACCCUGUUCAUUUAUUUAUAUCUCUGUAUAUAGUCUCAUUAAAAAGA